AUGGACAAACGUAAAGCAGUGAGUUUGCUUUUGCCGCUUGUUUUGGCGGUUGUCACCCACGGGCAAGAAAUGUAUCCUGACUAUUUGGAAACAAACGAGUUUGACCCACUUACUUCAUCGGAGGAAAAUGUGAUGCAAGAUAAUGAAAUGCCCAGCUCGCUGUGGUACGGAGCGGCAUCCGGUUUCCAGCUGUCGCCACCCUUUAUCGACAAGACUUUGACGGGAAGCUGCACUAACACAACGACGAUCGUGUGUACCGGCUGUCGACGAGUUCGUGUCUGCAUACCAGGAAUAAGCGAUCAGUCAUUGUUGCCGGAAAAUAAUUGUCCUCCAUCAACGUACUGUCACACCCUUGGCCAGGGGAUGGGAGGUGCAUGUCAGACCACGGUUGAUCCCAUGUUUCCAGAGUGCAGAUAUACGGCAGGCUUCGGUGGACAUAAUGGGGGGAUAGGUGGGGCCAGAUUUGGUAUAUUGUGCACGGGGUUGGGGGUGUUUCCUGAUCCACUGGAUUGCAGAAAAUUCCACCAUUGUACGUCCAUUGGAAGUUAUGCGCGACCAUUCAAAUGUCCUUCCGAAUAUGUGUACAACUCUAAGAAACAGACAUGCAGUAGAAAUGCUCAAUGUCGAACAAUCCAAUGUCGCCCGAACGGAAGAUCUAUAUUCCUUCCAUUUCCACAGGAUUCAAAAUAUUACGCGUACUGCAAUUACAAACGCAUUAGGAACCGGUCAACGUUACGAAACGUAAUAGUGUACAAAUGCGCCGAAGGUUCGGAAUUCAACGUGCUCUCCAAUAGUUGUGUUUUCCAGUGCCCAAGGGAAGGCUUUUUGGCGAAGCCCGGUGAUUCUUCAAAGUUCUACUGGUGUCGUAAGGUUAGUGGAAAAUUGUUUGGCUAUGAGCAAGUGUGUCCAGGGGUAGGAUCCAUAUUUAGUCCCAAACUUGGGAUAUGUUUACCUCCUCCAAUGAGUACAACUACCGAAAUGCCAUCAACUACUAUGAUGAUGAGUGAAACUAGUUCGUCAGCAUCAACGCCCGAACCGCAGACCGAAAUCCCAACUAGUUCCAUUGAUCCAAUAACGGUAGCAGACACACCAGUACAUUUACCUCCUUGGCCAAAAUGGCCCUCAAUUUCUGUAUCUUCGUUCUUGUAA